CGCCAAAAGUAAGCUACGUCCGUUCAGAUUCGAUUCAGCACUCGGCAGCCAGUGUAGGGUUAUAUCGUUUAUACAUUUAGUCCUAUCAUAUUUCUCCUAUUAUCUAAUUCUAGAUCAGAAUUACCGUCCCUUAAAACAAUUUCACCGUAUAAUUGAUAAUAUUACACUCGUCUAUAUGUGUUUACGCGUUAAUCGUUUUAUUCUGUGAUGAUAACCAUAAUUUAAAGAUGAGAGGUUCGCGUCCUCCUAGUUUUCGUCGUGUACUUUUUCAUAAUUUUUAUAGCCUAAGUGUUAACCUUUAUCUGUGCUGUCGAUUUUCGAUCGGAUGAAUUACUUCCAAGUAUAUUUCAUCAUUUGAAAAUAAUGGAUAGAGAGGAAUAUGGCAGCUCAAAACCGUUCAAAGUGUGGGAUUUUUCAAGAAGAGUACGAAAAAGUUUAGUAGCUUCAAGUUUAAGAGAAUUAGAACAACGUGCUAAAGAAAAGAUGAAUAUACCGAGUAAUGAACCGAUUCGAUUAGUAUUAGAGUGCGACGGAACGCAAGUAGAGGAUGGCGAAUAUUUCAGAACACUGCCAUACAAUACCGUGAUAAUGGUCUUACGAAAUGACCAAAAAUGGUAUCCAUUAAAUAUCGAAGCAUUAAGAACAGCUUUACAAACUAUUCCGAGAAUAGUUUGCGAAACACUGCACGCUUUAGAUUUACACGAAGAAUCUCCAUCGUGGAAAAUUAUGGAUAAUAAGGGUCGUAUAACCGUCGUAUUACAUUGGGAUCAACGAUCGCACAAAGUAGAAAAAUUAUUAAACGCCAUACAAGCGGAUAAUUCGUCUAAAGGUAAAAAACCUCAAUCAAUAUUAAAAGAUAAAUCUACAAGUUUUGAAAUACCGGAAUCAAUUUUGAAAAAAGAGCAAGAUAUUCGGAUACAAGAGCCGCAUCAUCACCACCACCACAUGCCGCCUCCGCCUUACGUCAGUUUCGAUACGAUGCGACCUCCGGCAGCUUUCUUCAAAGAGCCGCAAUUCAGUCGGUUCCUGAAAGCCGGUUCGUUCGAAAAUGCCAAUUUACACAGACACACCAUCGAGUGCGGCUCCGGUUCGCAUAACGUUAUCGAUAUUAGACCCGGAAGUCCGCACGGCAACGGAGAAUGUGAUUUUCAUUGUUGCGUUCUGCACGAAGAAGGUCGAAAAAUCGCAGUUACCAGAACGGUGGCCACGUCGCCGAUACACCAAACUGGCUCUUCCUCCAUUGCCGACAGUACGAAAAAAUCCAGUAAGAAUGUGCGCUUUUUGGACGUAGAGGAACACGUUUCUCUGCCAUCCGAAGCCGAAGAUAAUGAUAAUCAGUCGAAUAGCUCAGAAACCGAUACCGAUACCACGACUACCUUAACGGAGGAAGAAGGGGUUACGGAGAAAUUUCUACUUCUGGUCGACGAACAGAAACGCCAUUUAUCUAUCAAAGAUAUCGGCGUGAUUUUAGAAAGGCUUAGCUCGAAAAUAAUCGACGUUGAAAGACUGGAUAGAGAAAAUGAGAAUAAUGACUGUCGAAAUUGGACGAUUAAGGCUACAAUACGUGGCGAUGGAUUAGAAGAAUUAGGAUUGAUAUACGCGGGUAGAUAUUACGAGAUAUCCGAGCACCCCGGAUAUAAGGAGGCCACCAGCAGUUUUAGGGAAGAGAAAGGUAUUAUUCAAAAUGUAGAAGCGAGAGUUUGAAUUUCUCAGAACUUGUUCUUGUUACCAAUAUCUUUAUUGUUCUUUCGUUAAUUUAUUUACCAGUAAGCGACCAGUACAACGUUUGUAUUUUAUUUGCGACAAUUUCGGUUUUACGAGUACCUACCUACAAUUAUGUAACUUGAUCAGUUUGAAACAUUUUCCACAUCUCAAAAAUAAGAAGGGACGAGGGAUAGAGGGAUCCCAUCGAAAAAAUUAACCCAAUAUUCUCAUUUUCGCAGCUUCAAAUUAAUAACAAUCGAUAUUGUACUUUAAAUUUAAAUUAACAAUUUUUUUUAAAUCAAAAUUAGGGGAGGUGUUCAAAUUUAAGCUUAGAUUUUACCUAGGUAAUUACUGAUUUCAAGUUGUCAUUUCUCCACCUGCCCUAACGUAUUGACUGUCCAUCGAAGGAAAGUCGUAAGUCUGGAAAAAUCUUCAUGAAACCGGACGACGCGGCAAUGAAAUAAAUAAUUAGAAGAUAGCCUGUUAGUGUUAAUAAAAUUGCAUACUCGGUUUGCCGUAAAUAGGUACAACUGCGUGCAAUGCGCUCCUCGUGUUAUUUACGGCAAACCGAGUAUGCAACUCUUUCGACACCUUUCACGCUAACGUAAGACACUGUCGAAUGAAGGCCGCGUAUCUCUAUCUCAGGACUGGUUGAACUUGCGGCGGCGAAUCUGUUCACACUGUUUCAAUUCAAAUUCAGUCGAUCAUUUUGUUGAUUUUGCACUUUUUCCUUUUCCACAAACUAAUUUCAAAAAUGAAAUCUUGAAGCCCAAAGGCGCAUAAAGGCCUGUAAUUUUGAUUAAAAUUCAAAACAGUUUUUAAUAUUACUCGUAUGUAGUAACUAUAGUAAUUGGCAUAUCGAUUGAUAUUAGUUCAAAGACACUGAGUUUUAAUAUUGUAUAAUUAUUUAUUCCAGUUCACCAGACGAACAUACGUAGAAAAAAAAAUCCAUGUAUGUUUCACGAAUGUUGUAACGUAACGAUCAUUAAGAGCAAUAUGAAAAUAAAUUUUCCAUAAUUGUUUGGAGAUUGGGGUAAAAAUUGAUUGCGAAGUAGGUCACAAAUUUUAAACGCAAAUAGAAAAGUAGGUAUUCACCUGUUUUUCCGAACGAAUUUAAAUUUACGAACAGAGAACAAAAUUGAUAGUGAUUUAGAUCAUUUCCAUUGAAAGAAAAGAAAAAACAAAUAGAAAAAUUGUGUGCAUUUCAUUAAAUGAAAUUAAAAGUUGUUCUUCCAUUCUCGACAUUGGGUUAUCCUCUGUCUUUUGUUCUUCCUUUUUUCUUCUUAAUUUUUUUCUUUUUCUUCCUUCUUUUUUUUUUUACUAUUUGUUUUUUUCCUUAAACGAUGGAAAUAUCUAUAUCCACGAUCACGAAUGAUAAAUAAACGUUGUACGAAAAGCUUACGUUUGUACGAUGAAAUUUUAUAAUAUAGAAGCCUGAUCUUUUGCUCAGUUCUUAUACGGUUAAGAACGUUAUAGGAGGAUCAUUCUUCAUUUGCAUUCGAAAAUAAUGUUAUUAAACGUUACAAUCAUUUAAUUUACCCAUACGUGUUCUGAAUUUUAAUAAUAAGCUAGCUUUUAGACAUUGUUAUCACAAUUGUUAAAGUUGUCGGUUUAAUCAAUAGUUAAUUUUAUCAGCAUUUGAAACGUACGAACGAAAUUCUCUUCCAAGGCUUGAGCAGUUAUAAAUGAAAAAAGUUUGGAAUAAGUAAGCGCAAAAAUUUUUCACGUUUGAAUGUUUUUUUUUUUUAUAAAAUAAUUUUGAAAUAGGUAAGAUAGGUACCUAUAUUCUUUUCAGUUGAGAAGUGUGAUGAAUGAAGUAUUAAGUCGGAAUCAGGUUUCACAUGGUGGCCAUUUUCCCCCUUUGUAAUAGGUACCUAUAGUAAGUCUAGGUAUUCAUUUUCUGGAAAAGAUAAGUGGGUGCUUACCUAUGUUGAUUGAAAAUUGUUGAAAAGCUGUAAGAUUAUCACAAUAAAAAGGUGCAUGGAAAAAUUGAAAAAAUUAUUGUCAUCCCCUUUUAGGCUUUAUAAAAAAAACUACCUACUACAGAAAAGUAACGUCUAAUAUUUAAUUUCAAAAGUGUAUGAAUCUUACUAAAAAAUAUACCUACCUUGUCAAGAAGCUGGCUAUUAUUGUUUUUAAAAAAAUUACAUUUUUUAAGACAGCUUUUCACAUCUUUUAACAGUAUUUCAUCAGUUUUUUUUUAAAAUUAAAAAUUAAAAAGUUCAUCUAAUGUUACGAAACACAUUCCAUACUUAGGUACAACAUCAAUUUGGUAAUCAUUUCAAAUGCUGAUAAAUUUGUUUUUAGAAAAAAUUUUAAAAAUGUUGAAUUGUUACUGUAUUUUUUGUUGAAUUAUUAUUGUUAAAACUUUGAACUUGACCUCAAUAUGCAAGCUGCAGAUGUACUGUAAAACAGUCUGAUAACAUUGUACCUACUUAAUCAUUUUAAAGAUAAUUCGCACUUUGAUGUCACAUAAAUACGUGAAAUUCUUCAAUAGAUAUACUUACAUUUUAAAAAAGUACAAAAAAAUAUAUCUAUGUAGUAUGUUUGUAAUAAUAAGGAUGUUUUCUUUCACAUUAAUUCGAAUUUUUGUGAGUAUAUAAGUAUAUACAUGUUGAUAAGUGUUUAAAAAAAGGAAAAAAUGCUCAUUCAAUUAAGGAUAAAAUAAAAACAUUAAAAAAACAACUUUACAAAAACAAUACCAUUUUUACUCAUAAUAACAAGCGCAAAAUGAUUUCCUCUGAAUUUUAUUAACUCUUUUCCUACUUACGCAAACAAUGAGCUUUUACCUAAACAUUAAUAAACAAAUACAAAUUUGUAUAGUUUUUUAUACGAUUAUACGAAUUCGAUAAUUUUAUUUCCCGGUUUGUAUUACACAUUUCGUAUCCGUGCAACUUAUAUGCCAUACUUUGUAGUUAGUAUAUCUACUGAUUCUUUCACAAUUCAGUGAUGAAAUUUUUAUAAAUUUGAAGUUGUUUUCUAUACUUGAAUUCGACAGUCUCUUAAUGAAAAAUAGUGCAAAUUUCAAAGUUACAUAUCCAAAUGAAAUUUUAUUCUUUUUUUUUUUUUUUUUGUUGUUGUUGAAGUUAAUUUAGUGAAGGAAAUUUCGCUUUUACACGACGUUAUACGAGAAUCGAUCGUGUAAUUUUUUUCAUAGGUUUUUAAUUUUUGAUUUAUUUUAUACCUACCUAGAUGAUUUGUUUUUAUUUAAUUAGGCUACAAGUUUAAGGGUGUUGUUACGUUAUGUUACCUACCUAAAUUAAUAAUACCAUUAGCUGAAAAUUUAUUUAGUGCGCUACCUCUUUUCUAUAUGUUAAAUGUAUAAGUAGGAAACCUAUGUGGAAAAUUUUUUUUUGGUGCUUAGGUACCUGCGAUGUGUUUAUAAAAUACGUCGCACGUGCGCAUAUGGUAAUCGCAAUCAGUUACUAUUUUUUUUUUCUAAUUCAAAUCGUGUGAUUCGAAGCGUGUAAAUCUCCAUCUAAACAAUUAUGUUUUCCAAUGUAGAAAUUUCUAAUGUUUAACUUAUUCGUAGGUUGUACUCAUAGCACUUUUGUUUUUGAAUGAUGUGAUUUUUUUAAAUUUUUUGUUUUUCAUUGUACGUAUUUUUACAAAAUAUUGCAGUGUGUUUGUUCGUGAACGAAUAAAAUUGUAUUUCUGUUUCAUCGUAAGUAAUACCUAAUGAAUCUGAAUGCGAUUUCUUGUUCGAAUACCUACUUUCUAAAUUGCGUGGUAGUGUGGUGUGUUUUACAUAAUUAUAUAUCAACUUGAUAUGAAUUGUUGAUUUUUUUUUUAUAUAUAUAUAGUACCUAGUCAUUUUUCAUUUCAGUUCUAAACAGAAAUGGAAGUUGGAAGGUUUAAAAGUACAACAACUUUGAAAAGUUCAUAAAAAUCGCAUAAUACAUUGUUUUUCUGGUAACAAAUGUACAAGAAUAUCAACGAUAAAACGCGUAUAGGUAGUUAGAAACCUAGCUACCCAUCUGUAUGGUUUUUUAUUUCGUUAAAUGUGUAAUAUGAAAAUUUAAAUUAAUAUUUUAUUUUGAAUUUUAUACCGUCGAAACAAUAUGCAACAAAAAAUUGAAAAGUAUCGUGAUUAAAUUCUUAGGUACUAUGUAAUUUGAUCAAAGACGACGCGUAAAUACCUAUAUAAUAUGAUUAAAUAAAUACCUAAACGCUUUUCUUCCACCAAGAAAUGCACAAAGUUCGAAGUGAACAAAUUUUUCAUCAAAAAACCUAUACCUAUCUUCAUUUUAUCCAAUUAGUCAUCGAUGUUUUUCCCAACAUCUAUUCAUGUUCGAAAUUUUGGCAACGUCUUUUAUUUUUCUAUUUAAGUAGAAUGUGUUCAAAAGAUAAAUUUUUUUAUAAUUACGUACCUAUUUUUCGUUUCAUGCGUUGAAGAAAUUUAUUUUGAAAAAUAAUUUUGCAAUGAUAAGUCGAAUAUUGUAACGAGUACAUUUUCAUAUUUGUUGUACACGAAGACAAGAUUUUCCAAUUGUAAAAUAUUUAUCAACUUGUGUUUAAUAGGUAUUCGUUUAGUAAAGGUUGUAAAUUAUUCGUAUACAUCGUUUAUUAUGUACCUACGUAGGAUUUGUUUACGCGAUUCAAUAAAACCCGAGUUAUUUACUGAAUUCCUGUUUGUAAUGUUUAUCAUUAUUUAUCUAAUAUGAAUACUACAAUUCGCAUAUAAAUUCAAUUAUUAUAACUGCCAUUACAAACGUAUUUUAAUAAAAAACAAUGAUUAUUUGAUGUAUAA